ACAGCAGCAAUGAAGAUGAUAGCGCUUUCGACGUUGCUGGUUUUAUGUUUCCUGAAUCGUAACACAGUUUCUGCGCGGUUGAACCCAAAGCCGAUUGUACCCAACUCUUCGAAGAAACCAGCUGACGUGUUGCACAAGUACAAGACAAGAGAAACAAAAAUGGCCUCCAGUACAGAGCGUCAGAUGGACAAACGGGUCUCAAAAGGCAAUUAUUUAACACAGCACAAAAGAGGUGAAAAGGUCGUCGAUUUAGAUAUGAAGUAUUGCGGGCCAUAUCCCACUAUUGUGCAAGUGAAAGAACCAAUAAAAUACGGAAAUUUUUAUCUACCCAGCUUUGUCGAGCUUCAUCGCUGCGCUGGAGGCUGUGCAUUGCACCCAAGUGUUGGUUUCUGUAACGUGACUAAGGAAGAGAGUAUCACAAUUCACGUGACCGUGCAUGGACACGAUAGUCAAAAUCAACGAUUGCAAGUUGUAAUGAGUAACCACACUGAGUGCACUUGCGCAUGCGUACCACAAAAGUGUUACCCCAAGCAACGAUUCAAUACUGAGCAUUGUAGCUGCGAGUGUAUUGAUAUUAAGGAUAAGGACAAUUGUCAAGCAACAGACAUAAAACAAUGGGAUAAGAAUCAUUGUCAAUGUAUAUGCAGUAUCGUACACAAUUGUGACCUGGGAUAUAAAUUUGAUUUUAAAACGUGUCAAUGUGAAGUUGACAGGGCAGGAAUGCUAGCAAGGCUUUAGGGUUACCUUCGACCACUAAUUUAGGAAAAAAUGUGU